AUGCGGGAGAAGAAGCGCUGGGAGUCCAUGGCCAAGGGGCUGGUGCUGGGAGCACUCUUCACCAGCUUCCUGCUGCUGCUGUACUCAUACGCAGUCCCCCCGCUGCACGCUGGCCUGCCAUCUACGAUGCAGUGGCCACAGAGGAGACAAGACCCAGCAUGCUGGUCUCGCUCUGCCCUCACGCCAACACCACGAAAAGAGGAUGUUUUUCCCCCAUUUUACACAUGCUCCCCGGCCCCAGGCGAGUCGGAGACGGCGAGCCCCGCCAACGGCUCCUCGUCCUCGUCAGGGUGCCGGCCCUGCCGCGACAUCGUGUUCAUGAAGACGCACAAGACGGCCAGCAGCACGCUGCUCAACAUCCUGUUCCGCUUCGGCCAGAAGCACAGGCUCAAGUUCGCCUUCCCCAACGGCCGCAACGACUUCGACUACCCGGCCUUCUUCGCGCGCAGCCUGGUGCAGGACUACCGGCCGGGCGCCUGCUUCAACAUCAUCUGCAACCACAUGCGCUUCCACUACGACGAGGUGCGGGGCCUGGUGCGGCCCAACGCCACCUUCAUCACGGUGCUGCGGGACCCUGCCCGCCUCUUCGAGUCCUCCUUCCACUACUUCGGCUCGGUGGUGCCCUUCACCUGGAAGCUCUCGGGCCGGGACAAGCUGGCCGAGUUCCUGCAAGACCCCGACCGCUACUACGACCCCCACGGCUACAACGCCCACUACCUCCGCAACCUGCUCUUCUUCGACCUGGGCUACGACAGCGGCCUGGACCCCAGCAGCCCGCGGGUGCAGGAGCACAUCCUGGAGGUGGAGCGCCGCUUCCACCUGGUGCUGCUGCAGGAAUACUUCGACGAGUCCCUGGUGCUGCUCAAGGACCUGCUGUGCUGGGAGCUGGAGGACGUGCUGUACUUCAAGCUCAACUGGCAAGCCACAUUCUCCAACCUCAACUGCCACCCGUGGCUGGGAAGCCCAGAUUGGUGGACGAAAGCCUGA